UAUUUUAAAUCGCUCUUGCGAAACAGUUUAUGUUUGGCAUUUAUAUUUCUAAAGAAUAAUAAACUUUCUCUUAAUAGUGACGUCUGUAUUUAUUUUUUUGGUAAUUGUCGGUACCAAAAAGAGAAAGAAAAAAAAUCAUCUGCGUCAUCAGAAAUAGUUAUUAAUAUUAAUAUAUUAAAGAGAGGAAAGUUUUGUAAGAUGACGCGAGAAGAACAAGAAGACCGGAGUAAAUUCUCUAAAACUCUGGCGAAAAUGCCGAAAGUUAAAUUGCCGAACCCGAUAAACAAGAUAUCUAAAUUUUUGAAACAAAGAUCGAAGGUUUUGUCUAUGAGCGAUGAGCUGAGAAGAGCUUUGUACGCCAACAGUGCCAUAUCUCUGGAUGUAGACGUCAUUGUUCCCGACUUGGUUGGAACUACGGAAAUUCUCAGCGACGAACACAGAGAACAUCUCUGUCGUCACCUGCCAGCGCGCGCUGAAGGUUAUCUUUGGACACUGGUGUUCAGUACGAGUCAGCACGGGUUCAGUUUGAAUAGUAUGUACAGAAAAAUGGCAAAAGUUGAGAGCCCUAUUCUGCUAGUCAUUGAAGAUACUGAGGGAAAUGUAUUUGGAGCCCUCACGUCAUGUUCAUUGCAUGUCAGUGACCAUUUCUACGGAACUGGAGAAUCUUUGCUGUUCAGGUUCACUCCAAGGUUCCAGGCAUUUAAUUGGACUGGUGAUAAUCUUUAUUUCAUUAAAGGAAAUAAUGAAAGUUUGGCAAUUGGUGCUGGAGAUGGUAAAUUUGGUCUGUGGUUAGACGGUGAUUUAUACCAAGGCAGAACCCAGUCCUGCAGUACCUACGGAAACGAACCACUGGCUCCUCACGAAGACUUUGUCGUGAAAACACUGGAAUGCUGGGCAUUCAUAUAG